AAAAAAAAACAAAGGAAGCAAAAAGAUACCAACAAAGCACGAAGGAAAAGGAAAGCUCAGUUGAAACCAAGGAUAAAAAGGGUCAUCACCCCCACAAACACAAAGCCCACAAAGGCGUGGCAGAUCAAAAAACCUACCCCAAGUGAUAGAGAUAGAGAGACAGGGAGAGCCAAGCACCAAAACCACAAGAGAGAGAGAGAGAGAGAGAGAGAGAGAGAGAGAGAGAGCUAGCUACGGAGAGAGAACAGAUAAUCAGAAACACCAAAACCCUCCAUCAUUAAAUCAACCAAAGGUUUUUGUCUCACAUAUAUAUUUUCUUUGCUCCCAAUGUUUCUUCCUUGAUUCCCUUUCAUCCAUUUCUCUUCAAUUUCUUAGCUUCAAUUAAAGCCCUAUACUUUUGAGAAACUAAUUGUUUAGAGCCCUAGCUAGACAUACACAACCACUAUAUAUAUAUCAUAAGAAGUGAAGAUGAUGUGUGGGAAGAAAGAAGAUCAAGGGGAGUGUUCUCAGUCUGUCCAAAACCUACAAGCCUUCCAAGAACACUUGUUUCUCCAACAACAACAUCAGAUGCAACAACAACAACAACAUCAGAUGCAACAACAACAUCAUCAACAACAAGGUAUGAUUUUCCCUCAUGAUCAUCAAGCCCCGCCGCCAAUCUUGCAGCCAUGGACUCUCCCUCCGAUCCACUCCUUCAACCCAUCAGCCCACGACCAGUUUCUUCCAACUCCUCCUCCUCCAAUUCCAUCGUCAUCAUCCUACGCUAGUUUCUUCAACCGAAGAGCUCCUCUCCAGUUCACAUAUGACGGUUCAGCAUCUGAACACCAUCACCAUCUCAGAAUCUUAUCCGAGACACUUGGACCCAUGGUUCAACCCGGUUCCGCCCCGUUUGGGCUUCAAGCAGAGUUGGGUAAGUUGACCGCCCAAGAAAUCAUGGACGCCAAGGCUCUCGCAGCUUCUAAGAGUCAUAGCGAGGCCGAGCGGAGACGAAGAGAGAGAAUCAAUAACCAUCUCGCCAAGUUGCGCAGCUUAUUGCCCAGCACCACCAAAACGGACAAAGCUUCCUUACUAGCAGAAGUAAUACAACAUGUGAAAGAGCUGAAACGGCAGACUUCUUUGAUCGCGGAGACAAGUCCGGUGCCGACCGAAAUGGACGAGCUAAUCGUCGACGAUGCGUCGGACGAGGACGGCAAGUUUGUGAUAAAAGCCUCGCUGUGCUGCGAAGACCGUUCAGAUCUCUUGCCCGACCUCAUCAAGACACUGAAGGCCUUGCGCUUGAGAACACUGAAAGCUGAGAUCACAACGCUGGGGGGACGUGUGAAGAACGUGCUGUUCAUCACCGGAGAAGAAGACUCGAGCAGCAGCGGAGGGGAGCAAGAGCAGCAGCAUCAAGUGCCGCAUGAGCAUCAGCAGCAGCAAUAUUGUAUCAGUUCGAUUGAAGAAGCGCUUAAGGCUGUGAUGGAGAAGACAGGUGGGGAACAUGAGCAGUCUUCUUCUGGGAGUGUUAAGAGGCAAAGGACUAAUAACAUCAAUAUCCUUAACUGAAACACAGACAGGUCUCUUUAACCAGCUAUUAUUAUCAAGGCUAGUUAAUUAAUCUUCUUCUUCUUGUUGUUUUUUCUUUCGGUUUUUCUCUUUUUGUUUUUAUUUUCUUAGUGGGAUUUUGGGUUUUUUUUUUUCCUUUUUUGGUUGGCGUGUUUGGUGUGGUGUAUUUCCGUGAGUGAACAAAUGGGUCAUGAUGGUGUGGUUUGUGUACUACCUGCAUUGCUCGAAAAAAAUAGAUGAGAGAGAGAGAGAGAGAGAGAGAGAGAGAGAGAGAGAAGAUGAGCUUGGUUUGUUAUUUAGGAAGGGAAAAAACAGUGAAGGAUCUUUUUCGUGGGGAGAGAAACCUUAUAUAAAAUCCAAAGAUAGAAACCAAAAUGCAUGAUGGAGUGUUGCUGUUUUGAUUUGAUCCGGUUUGAACUCAAAGUUGCAGUGGUGUUUUUGUUUUUUUCCACGAGUUUUGUUGAACACUCUCUAUCUAAUCAGAGAAUUGAUCAGACUAGUUAUAGUGUACUGGUGGAA